AUGCUGCCCUCCUUACAGCCUUCUAGGCCAAAGGUAUCACAGCAACCCUUCCAGCCAAACCACCAGCAGCGCCGCACGACCCACGAGCUUUCGCAACAACCGCAGCCGCAUCACCAACCCACAUUCAGUUCACCAAGUACCUCAAGACCGCGAUCACAGAUCGAAGCCAUGCCGCCCGUCCGUACAUCACUGUCUUCCCCUCCACAGAGCUUUUACGAUGCUGCUACACGACAUCCAGUCUUCUUCACCAACAAUCUGAGGAAACCGCCGUUUCCCAUUCCGCAAAUACCGAGCCACGGCUGGAGUCCGGUGGCGAACGGAUAUAUACAGGAGAGAGAAAGAACCCAAGGAGGAUCCGGGACGAAGCUGUGA